CCGGAACAUGCAGUGGAACAAGCGGAGCAUAUACUGGUGGUGCAUGAUGCCACAAUCUGUACGGAUUAUAUCCUGCAUCGAGUUCUUCAUAUGCUGCACCGUCAUCGGCAAAUCCCAUCAACUUUGGUGCUUAACAAAGUUGAUCUGGUCAAGCAGAGAGAUUUAAUACAGAAGCCAACAUACAAGUGCAGCUGGGGAGAAACAAAGGCAUUAUUUGCAAAUAUCAAAGGCUGGUCCAAUUUUCAAGCCGUUUUCUUUGUCAGUGCACUGACGGGCGAAGGGAUCGAAAAUGUGCGCAACUAUCUUUGCGAGCUUAGCUUGCAAAAGGUAUUUCUUAAUACUUGCUAG